AUGACGAGCCGCGCGCCGUAGCCAGCAACAGUGAUCGAGGAGACACGUCGCCACGGGGACGAACUGCAGCAGAUAGCUAUGCACACGACGAACGCUGCACUUAUCGCCGGUUGCACCGCCACCAUGGACCAGUUCGCCGACGAAUACCUGCCACAGCAUCGGUACGCCGCGACCGCCGCCUGCACCGUGGCCGACUAUCACUGCGGCAGCAAUCCCUCCGAGUGCGAACCGGCCGCCGCCGCGUACCCGCAACACCAUCACGUGCACCACAAGGACGGCGGCGAGUACUUUGCGGAGCCGUCUUAUUACCACGACACGACAGUCGCCACCGGUUAUUGCGGCGGUUACGGCGGUCCAUACGACGCAUACGGCGACAACAAUUGGUCGUCGUCGUCGCCACAGGAAUAUUCGUCGUCCGGCGCCGGCGGGGUGGUCGACGGGUCGCAAUGGUACUGGACGGCGUCGGACGUCGGCGGACUGCCGCAACUGACGCCACUGACGAUGCAUCCACCGCCCGUACAGUUGGCCCCGGAACUGCAGGUAGGUUUCUGCGACGGCGACGGCUUCCGGUCCGCCGAACAUGGCCUGUUACAGUUUCAGCCCGGUCGCGGUGCUACCGAUCAAACCACAUGCAGCACAGCCGCCACCGCUGCGGCAGCAGACCAAUUCUUCAAAUCAACUUUGAAUGAUAAGCCAAUAGUAAGCAGAUGUGACCAAAAAAAAUCUAUGAGUAAAUCAUCAACAAACCAAAGACAAAGAGCCAAACGAAAACCUCGAGUACUAUUUUCUCAGGAUGUAAUAUCAGAAUUGGAACACCGGUUUAAUCAACAGCGUUACUUAUCAGCUACAGAGCGAGAAGCAAUGGCAUUACGAUUAAGGUUGACUCCAACUCAAGUAAAAAUAUGGUUUCAAAAUCGGCGAUAUAAAAGCAAAAAGCUAAUAACAUCAGACUGUACAACAUUGGAUAACAAUAAAAAGCCUCCCAGAAGACAAUUUCCAGUAAUAAAACAUUGUUAUACAGAGUUAACAAGUAUGAUAACAAACAAUAAUCAUAACUUCAAUCAUACCAACAAAUAUUUUAACAUUUAAUAACAUUUUUACCAUC